AUACCGAAGCUUGUAGAAAAGAUAAAAAAGUGAAGAAGAUACUGAUAUUUGACGACCGAAAAAAACAUGAAAAUAUAAAUUAUUAUAAACACUACGCUUGGAAUUUCAGUCAUAUUUUCACAAGCGAACUAAAACGUUGUAAAGCGCAGAAAGAAAGAAUAAAAAGAAACUUCAUAUUCGAAUAACGAUUAAAAAUUAUUUACAAAUAAUUAUAAAAAAAUAUAAUUAAAAUGUUUCAAUCAAAAAUGUUCGCCGUAGCCUUAAUUGCAAUUGUGAGUGUCUUAAGUGUUGAGGCUCAAUCUAACACUGCCGCAACAUGUCAAACAGUUAAUGGCAUGUCGAAUGUUAAUGCCACUUUGUUUGCUGGUGACUGGUAUGAAGAGAUUCGUGCGCCCGCUAAAAAUAUUUCUUGCGUACAUGUACACGUUGAUGUUGUCGGUGGUCAAACUCUCAACAUAAAAACAAUGUAUUCUGCCUCUCAAAAUGGCUUGUUGAUGGAUAAAAAUGACCAGGCCAACGUAAACAUAAGUCAGAUCAAUGCCAACACUGGUUUCAAUGUGAGCUACAGCAAUACUAAUGGUGCCAACAUAACCUACAAAAUUUUGAGUGCUAAUUACACUUCAAAUGUCGUUUUAUGUGGCUUUACCAAUGUUAGUGACCCUUCAACAUCAUUCGGUAUAAUUUUAACCCGCACACAAAUUCCUAACGCCAACUGGUUAUUGGAAGUUAAGAGUAAUGCUUCUCAAAUCCUUCCCGGCUUUAACGGCAGUUCCGUUGCCAAUAUUACACAAUCCCAGUCUUGCCAUGCUAGCUCUGCUUCUACUUCAGUUCCCGUUCUUGCAACAUUAUUUGCAGCCCUCUAUGCUCUUCUCAAAUUUGCUUAUUAAAUUAAGAAGAACUUAAAUAUUUGCUGUUAUUUUAAUUUAUUAUAUUUCAAUUUGUAACUUGCCAACAAUAUAAAAACUACUAAUGGAAUCUUUGAACGUUUAUUUUAAAUAUUUCAUAAAAAGCAUUAAAAAUAAAAUUCAUCAUUAGUAUUGGAAUACAUAGUA